UUCGCUUUACCUUUUUCGCGUCAUCUUGCAAGCGAAAACGUGCUCUGCGAGGGACGCGCUAUGCGUGGCUGGAAGGUAGCCACGGCCUUGGCUGCCAUCAACUGGCCCAAUGCAUGGGCAGAGUUGAAGGCAUUGAAACAGGAGCCUGUAACAGAUUGGGCAGAUUUGACGGCGAAGGAUGAGCCUGAUUCCAAGCAGGAUAUGGACAGCUUAAAAAAGCAACUGGAGGACGAGAAAAGAAGUCGACUUGUGCAGGAGGCUGCAGCAACUGAAGCUAUCAGAAAUGUGACAGAACAGAUGCAGCUGCGGAGACAAGCGGAGAAGACAACAGCGGAGACCAGGUCAAGACUGGACAGCGCGCUGCAUGACCUUGCGGAGGAAAAAAACGAAGUCAAGGACCUGAGAGAAGCUCUGCAGAAGCAGGGAAACGGAACAGUUGCAGUAUGGCUGGUAUCCAGCCACUGGCAGUGGACCAUGGCAUUGCUUGCUGCACUGGUCGGCAUGUUCGGGUUGGUUGGAACAGAUGCGCUGGUGAUUGCCUUCCAUUCAUUGGUUGGGUCUCUUCUCACUGGCCUUCUUUUAGCAGGAAGUGUAGGCUUCCUGGGAUCAAACCUGUUUGGUGAAGGCACAAGCUGGUUGGAUGCCAAUGAUGCUGUUCUGAACGGAGCAGGCAGUUACACUUCUUAUUUCGUGUGGCUGGUGACUACUUGUUUGAGUUUAUUCCGUUGGAGAUCCAACAUUCCGGUGAUCCUCUUUGCGCAGGUGGAGACACUUCAUCUAAACACAGCAGGAGAAAUCACGGAGGAAGAUUGCCAGCAACCGCUCCUCGGAGCAACCACCUGGGAUCCAGAGGCCGCAGCUCUUUGUCCCAGGCUUCAUUCGGCUUUGUAAAGUUAAAUUCAUGAUUUGCACUUCGCAGAUUGAACAUGAUGGCCAGUGGCGGCAGGUCGUUCCACUUCCUCCAGUACCACCUCCAAGUAAGCCACCUCAUGCAAAUGAAACCUCCUCAGAACCGGAACCUCCCUCGACAGCACCCCCGCCGCUUCCAGAAAUACCUUCCACCCAGAACCAUCUUUGAACAUAGAUUUCGCG